AUGAAUAUUGAAGGAUUGAAGUAUCAUCAUCAAACCAAAUGCCCAACAGGAGAAUAUUGGGAGAAACUUUUUGAGAAAUGUGAAAAAUGUUAUACUAUGUGCGAACAAGCAAGAAUGAGAGGAAAUGUAAAAUCCUGCGAGGAAGCCUGUCCCGGAUACCUAGAAAGAUAUGUUUCAGAAACAAGUAGCAUAUCUUCAAGUAUAGCAACAACCAGUUUAUAUGCAAUACAAAAAGUUAGUGACAAUGCUGUCAGCAGUGUGAUAUGGAUCGUUGUGGCAUUCUUCGGAGGCAUUAUAGUAGUGGUUUUGAUAUUGGUUGCCCUCCGUCAAUAUCUGAAGAAGAAAAGAGGUAAAGAAAGUCACAGCAUUUCAUAUCAUCAUGGUGCUCAUGUAGAAGAUAAACCACCGUGCAGUGGCAUUCAGGAAUCCCAACCGCCAUCAUCAGCUCAUCCUCAAGAAGAAAGUCUCCUACCAUGA